CUUUGAUAAACUUUUAAUUGAACUUAGUAAUUUGUGACUCCUUAGAAGAUGCCUGUGAAAAAGAAAAGUGGAAAAUCUAAGUAUGCUCGGAAAGAUUUCGUUCGAUUUUAGAUUAACACAGUCCAAGUUACUCAAAAGUAAGUCAACUUAAAUGCUUGCAGUCUUAUUGUUUAUUGGAAUUUGUUUCGCUUGUAGAUCUGGGGGAAAAAAGAAAGGAGCGAAGAAGGUCAAGAAGUCCAAGGAAGAGCUAGCUAAGGUAUUAAAUCCGUUAAAAAGAGAGAACAAAACAGAAUUAAAAUCUGUUCUUGUCUUUAAAUUUAGCAAUAUAUAGAGAACUCUUGGCCCAUCGAUCAUUGUCUUCGAUGGAAUACGAAAACCUCCUAGUUAAAUUGAGAUUGUUACUUUCAAAGUCAGGUUUUUGUCGCGUGCGAAAAAACAUUCCUGGAUAGAAACGAUUCAUAACAUUGAGGUCGAGCAGUCAUGAAAGAAAAGAGGCAUAAUUUGAUUUCUUGUUCAAAUUGACUCAAAUUCAGCAAAUUAAUCAUCACAACCCUAACGUGUUUUAUUAUAUAAGCCAGGCUUGCCCUGUUGAUAUAAUAAACAUAAUAAAAGAUUUACAUGUGAUAUGUUUCUUAUUUAGAUUUUGUUUAUGUUUUUGUUUGUACAUGUUUAACAUGUUUUUACAUAUAAGCAUGUUAACAUAUUUUUUUGCCUUCCUAGCACCAAAACGAUCUCUAAUUUACUAUUUAAGGGAACCUGACCUUAGCACCAAAGACAUGACACCAUUAAAAUUACUUUUAGUAAGUGAAUAGAAGGGAUAGCUCUGUUUAGAACUGUUGGUGAUGAUAUUAUGGUUGAUCUUUGGAAAACCUGACUAGUUGAAUUGAAGAGUAGUAUUGAAUCCAUUGUGUUUUCAUCGACUUAUUAAAGUUGAUCUAACGAAUCUUUGAGAGCUUGAUGAACUCAUGUUGGGCAGGGAGUAACGUUAUUACAAGAGGAGUCAGUUGGUUUUAGAAAACCAGGUUUUAUUUCCAACUCUCAAGCUACUGUACUAUUAAACUCACUCUUUACUAUGACUUAAGGUUUAGACUAGUCUUUGUCACACACAACAGGCCUUCACAGAUCUACCCUGUCAAAGACAUUACACUAUAGGAUGAACCCUUUUACAGUUAUUGAAACUUUAACAAUUUGAUUUCUUUAUCAGGAAAAACUUGAGAAAGCUGCAGCAGCCUUUGAGGCAGCAGAUGAUCUUCAUUCUGCAUUUGUAGCUCGUAUGGACAAAUGGAUGACUGAUAACUAUGCACGAGCUAUUGAUCUCUUUCGGCGAUUUGAUGUGGAUGGUGAUGGUAGCUUGUCGUAUGAAGAAUUCUAUGCUGGAAUGCGAGAUUUAAAUGCACCAGCAAAUAACUUAGAGCUUUACAUUCUUGCAAAGAAGUUAGACAGGGAUGCCAAUGGCUUGCUAGACUAUCUUGAGUUUUCCAAAGGUUUAAAAUAUUACAAGAAAGAGGAAUGUGUUCAAGAUGAUGGUUUGCCUGUUCUGAAAUUUGAAAGAGAGGAAUUGGAACAAUGCCCCUGUUGUAAACUUGGAUUAUGGAAACCUUCAAAGGAAAAGUUUCCUAGGUAGAGCUGACAAUUUGUAUUCAAUAAUGUCUGUCGUAGUCAAGGAUAAUGUGACCUGAUAGAUAGCUCUCUGCACUCCAAACUGAAAGGUCUUAUGGUUCAACACCUGACUAUGGUCACUGUUGAGCUCUUGAGCAAGACACUUCACUAUUAACAAUUCUUUUCUUUCCCAAAAGUAGAGAUGGUACCAGUUGGGGGAACAUGACAAAGUGCAGGGGGAAGGGGGGUGGGGAAGAGAGUCUUUUUCAUGCUAUGGAAACUGGAAUAAGAUUGAGCAGCCAAAAUUCCCGUCUUAACCUUUUACUUGACUAUUGCCUGUCAAUUAUUCCAGUUACAAGUUAUUAGAAAUAUGAAUGAAAGGGAGGUUAUCACUGAAAAUUUAAAGAAAUUACCGAUAGGCAAAUCUGUAAAUUUGCUACAUUUUGUUUCUAUGUUCAUAAUCACUGAACUAUACACACAAUCACUCUGAAAAUUAUUUCCCCAAAAUGGCACACAGUUGCUAAUGAGGAAUAUCAAUUUAUAGUUUAUAGCCACUGGAAUGUGAUUAUUUUCAACAAUUAUUGACAUCCUUGACAUAGAGCACACUUGAAGUUUGGAUUACAUUUCAACAUAUUUAUACAUCUUAUUUCUAGUUUUUACCUUCAUUUUAAGCAUGACAGGUUAAAAGAAAUUUUCUUACUGGUAGUAGCAGUCAUGUUGAAUUUUCAAGAAUUCCAAGCAAUUUAAAAUGAUAAUGAGAGGUACUACAGAUGGUAAAUGUUACUGUCUGAAAAGGGGAACACUGUAUUCAGAAUAUUGGUUUGUGAAUUAACUGGUGAUUUUUUUGCGACAGGUUUAUAAGCAUGGAACUUCAACUCCUGACAUUUGCCAACUUGCCACAGAUGAAAUCAUAUCCUGGACAUUUCCAGAUAUUUGUCCAUGCUCACAUACCAGUUUAUUCUGUGGAAUCAAUAAUCAAUGAACGAUUUGGAGGAACAACUAGGAAGGUUGUAAUAUACUGCACCUCAAAAGAAGGCAAACGAAUACAGUUAGAUCGUCAUAAGACUCUUGAAGAGUGUGGCUUCACUGGUGGGCCAAGACCAGAACCACAGCUUGUGGAAUUAUUUUACGAUUUUGAUGUAGAGUUUAAUGACUGCCCAAUUCUUAUGAGUGAUCAUUAUUUUACAUAAUAAUUUGCAAGAAAUUGGUAAGCUUCUGAUUACAGUGGAUCUAGCUCAAAAUGUUCUAUAGUCUGUGUAGAAUCUUUUUUGUUACUUCCAUGCAAAACUUGAAUCUUAGUAAAUGUUGAUUUAAGCUUGUGUGAUGAUUGCAAUUAAGCCAUGAAAUAAUUUUGUAAAAAUAGUUUUAUUUGUUAAGUUAUGUGUAUAUAUCUAUAUUAUCUAUAUUUAAAGACCAUUAAAUAUUUUACUUCCUUUUCAUCUACAUCACCACUAGCAAGCUGUUUAAGGCUUUUUGAGUUUUGAAGCCUUUGAACUGAUUUACUGUUGAACAGUGUACAUAGGUUUUCAACUUUUGUGUCACUAAAUCUUAUUUUGUAUAGAUUAAGAUGCCAUAGGUUGAACAAAAUAAAAUAUCGUUUUUACAGAGAUUAAAAGUGAUUGUAGAGUCAUUUACAGACAAAAUUUUGAAAUAAAC